UCCGUGUUUUUGUGGCGCUUUCUACCAUGCCGUAUCCUUACCAACUACCCCAACGUUGUUUGUUAAUAUCUGUGUAUCGCUACCCCAUCCCGCUUUCGUUACAGUGUUUCUAUUCCUUCCACUUGUGCACCUGCAUUGCGCAGUUCAGCUACCUGGACGACAUCCUUGGCGAUGGCAGCAUCACCUACGUGUUCGUGUUACUGCUAAUGCUGUUCUCGGCGCUCUCGGUACUGUCGUCUGUCAUGAUGCUGAUCGGUCUGUGCACAAGCGUGAGGUUCCUGUUGCUGCCGUGGGUUGUCUGUGUGAGCUUCACGACUUUGUUGGACAUCCUCCUCUCGUUCUGUAUUUUAGCUGAUGAAGUUAAUGACGUCGGAACCAUUAUUUUCUUCGUCGCUGACUACCUCAUCUGCGCAUUAAACAUCUACUGCUUGCUCUGCGUCAUUUCCCAGUACCAAGAAUCGCGGAAGCGUCGAAGAAGGACGCACACCGUCGCCGCUGUGCAGGACACCCUCGCUAUGAGAUACGAGGGUGGCUGCAAAACAAUAGGAUCCAGUUUUCCUGACAAGACAAGUGGGCCACCCAAACCAGCUCUUCUCUUGGUCCCGGAUUCCAGGACGGCAAUCAUACAUCGGGCUUCGAUAGAAUUAACUUCCAUAUCAGACGUGCCGUGCAGCUACCAGCGUUCGAGCACCGACGAGAGCAACAGUGGCAUUAAAAUUUCCUUGCCGACGGCAGUUGACAUGGUACGGACACCGCCUUGAAGAAAGAGUCUUCUACUUCACCCAGCGUUUCCCAUUGACUCUCUGUUCGAUAUUUCCAUUUAUCACCAUAUUUCCUUUUAUCACCACCAUGGUGGAUGCACCAGUUUUGCUGUCAUGUCCUCUUCAAAGCCUCCCGUCCAAGCACACGGACGUCCUGUGAUUCACAUAUAAUGGAAAGAUGUUUCAUUAGAACCGCACCGCAACGAAGAUCCAGCUUCAGCACGUGUUGGAGGUCAGCAUCCAGGACAUCGGCAGUUUUGAAUCAGCUGAUGCAUGUUAGUCACAUCAAGAGUUAUGUGUACUCAUAUGUGCAGGGAGUAUAUCGGAAAAGGAACGCUAUAUAUGGGUGCACUUUGACAAUCGCAUAGAAGGACGUCAUGCCGAUUACAAUCGACGAGUCGUGUAAUUUCACGCAUUAUUUGUUUGUGCACAAAAAUAAACAGUCCAAGAGACAAGCCCUGCCUCUAUAAAUUGGCAAACUUCAUGAAUUCAUAUAGGAAUAUAAGGACUGACGAUGAGCUGUCUCAUCGACAAAGUGCGAGAUUCAUGCUCAUUACAUCUUCUGCACAAACAGAAGCAAUCGGAAUGUCGUCACGACAGGCAUUCAUCUAUAGGUGAGGCACCUCGGCCAAAAAGGACAAGGACAGAAGCAGUGUCCUUUCACCCUUUUCACCAUUUAGAGUCACGUUUGCUGCGUUGUUUCUCUUUGUCCUUGAGCUGCUUCGCCCAUAUGUACAUGUACCAACUACUUUGUUUCCACGCGUUGAGGACAGACAUUGUUGGUGUAGGACGUGCAUGCGGAUCUUCCGUUCCUUACACUCUACCUAACCCCGCCCUUCCCUAUUUUGUCAGUUUACCUGCUUUCAGAUCAUCCAUCUGUUAAUCUCGGUAUCAACCAUUCCUUUCUUUCCCGACAAAUGCGUUCCUUUGCCUGGACCUUCCCACUGGCCCCUACCAGCACAAAAUGCGCAAAUUCUUUCUUGAUCAGUAAAUGUAGAAACUAGAAAGUCGAGCACGCAAACGAGCACGCAAAACGAAGACGUGACCCCUGGCGGUGGCACUCAUUGGCUUUUUCGUGAAUUACUUGUUGACUUUGUCCCUUACCCUCUUGGAGGCUCUACUUGUUGGGUUUGUCCCUAGAUGGAGCUCCUCUCGGCUCGUUUGCCUAUCCGUGUGUGUGUGUGUGUGUAUGUACGCGCGCGCUGUCCGUUUUCGUUUUGCGUGCUCGUUUUCAACAUGGUCUUAACUUGAUAGCUUAGCAAGAGCACCUUCAGUUCC